AUGGCCCUCGCGACGCUGCAAGCCAUGGAGAUCAUACCCUGCUUGAUCCCUGGAGCGCUGGAGAGCGCUGGAGCCCAGAGCCAAAGAGCCCCGAGAUGGAGAGGCCUUGUCCUUGUUGCUUGUGUUGACCGCCAGUUCCCAAACGGCACUCGGUCACUCAACACCGUCACCGUGGAUAUCUCCCUCCUCCUCAAGGCUCCGGAUUCCAAUGAGUCUCCGUCAUCCUCGUCGUCGACGCAGAGACACCAUACGCGAUCGACAUCCGUACCGUCGAGCCGUGGACAGCCGGAGCCGAAUUCAUCAUCCUAUGCCCUCGCUAACACGUCCGCCGCCGCGGGCGCUGGGGGGAAGCGUAGCAUGCCUCCCCACCCAGCAGAGUCCCCGGCCAAGAAGCAGAGUAAAUGGUCGCCCGAGGAGGAUGCUCUGAUCAUUGACCUGAGAGGGGGAGGCAUGAAAUGGGAGGACAUCUCCAAGAGACUGCCGGGACGAAGUGCCAUCAGCUGCCGCCUCCACUACCAGAACUACCUGGAGCGGAGAAGCGAGUGGGACGAAGAGCGCAAGAACAAGCUCGCGAGACUCUACGAGAGAUUCAAGCCAGAGAUGUGGUCCAAGGUAGCCGAGGAGAUGGCUGUCCCGUGGCGCGCAGCGGAAGCGAUGCACUGGCAACUCGGAGAAGCAGAUAUGGCACGGCGCGCCGGCGUGAUCCCGUUCUCGCUGUCGAGCGUCUCGACAGACGUACCACCAGCACCAGCACCGUCACUGGGACACCGCUCUUCGCCUUCGCGAGGCCACCGGUACGGCCAGUCCCAGUCGAACAUCAUCAUGGGCAGCGGGCCUGGGCCAGUGCUGCAGCAAGGACCGCCACUGCCACCAUCAGGCCGCUACAGCCGGCAUGCACACUCCCACAGCACGUCCAGCUCGAAAGGGCACGGAGGCGGAUCGGCGCGGACCAUCGCGGCGCGGAGAGAGAGCACGCCGCGGUCCGUCCCGCCCGCGAGUCCGAGCGAUGGGUUGGCGUUGGCGGCCAUCGGAGGUGGAGGCAUAGGGGGAGGGGGCAUGGGCAGCAGAGGCGGUCUGAUGCUCCCGAGUGUAGCGGAGAUGACGACGGGCAUGAGUCCGUACAGCACGCCGGCGUACGCCAUGUCGAUGUCGAUGCCGAUCCCUGCGAUGGCGGGCGGCGGCUAUCCCAGUCCGGGACCGGGACCGAUGCUGCCCUCCAUAGGCAUGAUGGGUGGGAAUCUGCCGGACGGGAAGAGGAGAGCCAGCCCUGACAAUAUGGGACCGCGGGAGACGAGUCGGCGGAGGCAGUGA